AUGUUCAUAUUUUACGGUUUUUUUGUUACAGACUGCAUAUCCACCGACAUUCCAAUCUUUUGCGAUGUACUCAUAUCAAAGUAUAUCGACGGCAACACAGCAUGUCCAAUGAAUCCAUCAUUUAUUAAACCAAAUGCCAAAGGCAUAGUCAUGCAAUUAGUUGGAAAAAAUGCCGUCUCCAGCGAUUCUAUCAAACUGCUGGGUGCAGAUGGCUUCGAAAAAUCAUCACAGAUGACAACGCUUACAAGCGCCGUUGCCGAUAUGAUUCCAAAAAGUGAUAGCAUGAGAGAUUGUAAAUCCAAAAUCCAAUUUGAGCAAUAA